CGAUUUCUGCAAUUUUCUCAGCUCUCAGCUAAUUCGUUCACUUCUUCUGAAAAAUUGCGAAAUAUUUGAUCGCGAGUGAAGGAGCCAUAUUUUGAAAUUGUUGUUGCUUUUUUCUGAUAAAAUUUUGAGGAAUCCUCAAUCUUGCUCUAAUUCAGGUUGGGAACCUACCAUUUGGUUGAUUGUCAGCUCUUGGUAGGCUUUGGUAAUCGAUUGCAGAUUUAGAGAUGAGUUGGACAACAAAUGAGAGUGAGGACGGGGUGCUCUCCAAAUAUCAUAGUGAGUCACCAUUAAUCGACGAAAGUAAUGGGGGAAGUUCCGGUGGUGGAGUUCUUCUGAAGAAAGGUCCAUGGACAUCAUCUGAAGAUGCACUUCUGGUGGAAUAUGUCAAAAAACAUGGGGAGGGUAACUGGAAUGCAGUUCAGAAGCACUCAGGGCUUUCUCGCUGUGGAAAAAGCUGUAGACUACGAUGGGCAAAUCAUUUAAGGCCAAACUUGAGGAAAGGUGCGUUUUCUCAAGAUGAAGAAAGGCUGAUCAUUGAACUCCAUGCCAAGAUGGGAAACAAGUGGGCACGUAUGGCCUCACAUUUGCCUGGUCGCACAGAUAAUGAGAUAAAGAAUUACUGGAAUACACGAAUCAAGAGACGUCAACGAGCCGGCUUGCCUCUCUAUCCUCCUGACCUGUGUUUGCAAGCGUUUCAAGAGAAUCAACAAGGCCAAAAUACUGGCGGAAUUAGUUGUGGGGACAGAGGACAACAUGAUCCCUUGCAGGUCAAUAGUUUUGAGAUACCCGAUGUUGUGUUUGAUGGUUUAAAGGCAAACACUGAGGUCUUGUCUUAUGUUUCUGACCUUACGGAUAUGUCUAUGAACACCAUGCUGUUGAAAGGUAUGUCUCCACAAUAUUAUAGUUUCGUGCCGCCAACAAUCCACCGCCAGAAACGCCUUCGUGAAUCAUCAGAUGUAUUUCCAGAUUCAGCUGGUUGUGUCCAGAAUGGAUUUCCGCUGUUUGACCAGUUUCAGAAUGAUCCUGGCGAUAAAGUAGCUAGUUCAUUUGGCGCAUCCUUUAGACCUGAUCUUGAUCCUAAUAAGAGCUUGCUGUCUUUUGAUGUAACUCAGGGUGACCAUUCCCUUCCAAAUGGUAAUUCCUCUGCUUCCAAGCCCAUUCAUGGGGCUGUGAAGUUGGAGCUCCCUUCACUCCAAUAUCCCGAAACUGAUUUAGGCACUUGGGGCACUUCUCCCCCACCGCCUGUACUCGAGUCAGUUGAUGCUUUUAUCCAAUCUCCCCCACCAGUUGGGGCCUUCGAGUCAGAUUGCUCUUCACCCCGUAAUAGUGGCCUGCUCGAUGCUCUGAUUCAUGAGGCGAAGAAUUUAAGCAGUGGACAGAAACACUCAGAUAAGAGUAAAAAUUCAUCUAGUAUUUCUCCUAGUGAUAUGGCUGAUAAUGGCACUUUGAACGUUUGUGAAAAUGAGUGGGAUGAAUACAGAGAACCUAUUUCGCCGUUCGGUCAUUCUGACACAUCAUUUAUGAAUGAAUGCUUUAGUGCCAGUGGAAGCUCCUUGGAUGAUCCACCAUCUGCUGAGACGUUUACCGGAAGCGUUGUGAAACCAGAACCUGUCUACGCAGAUUUACUCCCAUAUAAAGUGAGAGAAUCCAAAAGGCAGACGGACUUCACUCGUCCCGAUGCUUUACUUGGUUCAGAUUUGUUUGAGCAGAGUUUUGGUUGCAUCAGGGGCCAUGGCAUCAUGACCGACACCAUUGCAACACUCAACGGUGAUAAUUCAGCGGCCGACUACAUGCACUUGCCUUCUGCUAGUUCUCCACUAAGCCAAGAAUGGGGUUUUAAUUAUUGUGUGUGGAAUAAUAUGCCCCCCGUCUGUCACAUGUCUGAUCUCCUUUGACAAUUGCUGCAUCAAAUGUUUGGAAUCGAAAUUUUCCACCAUUUCCAUUCGUGUUCACGAUUUGUUUAGUCCUAAGCACUCGAAUCCCCCGUGGCUUCCUCGACUUCGAGUGAGCGGUUGGUGAGACUUGAAAUGGUUUUAUUUGUACGAGACAUGGUUAUUUUGUUCGUAGCCUCUUUUUGUUAUUUGCUUUUUCAAAGCAGCUAUGAAUGUAAUACCAAAGCAGAACUGUCUGAAGUGUCCAGUCACCAGCAGGCUCUGCGUUGAUUGGGGAAUAACUACGCAUUUCAACGUUGAACAUUCUGAUUGAAUGGAUUCUGGUUAUUUUGAUGAAUUUGGUUUUUUCUAAUCCGUUGAACG